AUAUAAAAUAGCGAAUGCCUAGUGUGCCACAAUAGUUAUAUUCACAUACAUCAUAUUAUUAGCCGGCUGCUAUUUCCUACAGCCGUAUUUCUAUUCUGAUUACAAUGUGAAGCGGAAAAAGCGGAAAAUUGGACUACCGUAUUCAGCCGGAGGCAUUUCGGUGUCUCAGAUAUUGGCACAUCGUGAAAAAAUAGCUUUAAAUCAACACGGGUUCAACAAGGAUCUGCUUGGGAAUCAACAGCAGGUAUGGCAGCAGCCAUCUGUAAUGAACCGCCUACACGGUGGGUACCCGGACGCAAUGGCCCAAUCUCACCACGUGGUACGAUGCCAUCAAGACCAACAGCAGCCCAACAACAGAUUGAUGCCCACCGGAGGGCAACAGGUAGUUAUGGCUGGUGCAGAUGGCAGCACGAUCGUGGUGCAGCAGCAACCUGCGAGCCCUGCACAAGGGCCCAACCAUCCUGCGGGACAGGUAUUGGGUCCCGGGGGACAGUUCAUCAACGUACAGGCGAACCAGAGUGGGUCGCAGCAAGGGCAGAUCGUCAGUUUUGUAAAUGCCACUGGUACUGGUGCCGGACAGCAGGGACAGGGGCAACAGCAUCAACAACAACACAGGGUUUUCAUCAACGGACAACCGACCGAGCCUUCGGGUCCCGGUCGGCCUAACCGCCAAAUGAUACCGGUGACAGUUUCCAAUCAACCCGCCAAUCAAGAAAUGAGAAGAGGAGCGCAAAAUCAACCCCAGAAUAUGCAAAACAUACAGUUCUACACCAGUCCCAGCAGUAGCGGUGCGACGAAUCAAACACAGUACCCAGCGCAACCUGUUAGGCAGUUCAACCCUAAUAUGAACGGAUUCAGACCUCAGAUGAUUGCGAAUACGCAGAUGCAACCGCAAAAGGUCCACUGGCAGAAUAAAAUGGUUGCCCAGCAUCAACACCAACAGCAGAUGGAGCAGCAAGUGCAUCAAAAUCAACUAAACGGCAACGUCUACGAAAGGGUACCACCAUUGCAUCAGCACUCACCCUCGUCAUCCACGCAGGCUGUGGCUUCAUCCGUCAUGUGGCAGGAGGAGAUUAAGAGGAAGAAAACCAAAAUGAGCAAGGUGGUGAAGAGCAGACCAUAUCAUAUGAUAGAAAGCAGUUGCCAUCCUCCAUGUCCCAACAUCGAUGUACGUCAAAUCCCUAUGGAAAGCAGAUCUGUGAUAAUCAACCAAUUGCCGCCUCAUAACAUCAACAACCAGACGUCGUCAUCUUCCUCAUCGUGUUCGUCGAGUCCAUCUUUUAUGGAGGACCCCAGUGGAUAUCUGGCGCAACAGACGGCGCUCCUGAAUAACACUAUCAACCGGCAAACAGGAGCAAAUGGUUGCACAGGCUACAUCUGCAACAGCCCAAUAUCUGCAGACCUCAAUUGUCAACCAUCACCACAGCAGUCGAACGAAAUCCACCUGCCCAGCAAUAUGGUAGUAUCAUCGCAGCAUAUCAAGCAACAACCCACACAGCAACCUCAAAACGUUGGUCGGCCAGUCCAGCAAGUCGUGAAGACCCAUCAACAGCAGCAAAUGCCUCAACAACAGUCUCAGAAUUACGCGGCAGAUAGCAGCGUUUCGCAGCAGCCUCAACAGUGCAUGGUAACGCAUUGUCAAGGCUGUAUGGCUGCUGACAGUAUGCAACAGCAAUUCAUUUUGAAGCAGGAAAGUGGACAUCAACAACAGAUGCAACAUCACAGGUUGCAACAGAGUCAUUCGAGAUCUAGUAGCACACCGGGUACUCCUAGCUCGACAGGCACCAGCGAAGAUCCGGUAACAUCCUCCACUUUCAACGACAAACUGUCCUCCCCGAGUCAGUCAGUGCCAGACACGCGUCCCAUCCAAGGCGGCACCGUCUCGACCAGCAAUGUUUCGCCUGCCGCCGGUGGUGGGGAUGGUCUCCAUUCGGACCCGCCUACACCGCAAACGCCCAACAGUCAAUCAGCGACUAGCACUGGGGCGGAGCAACGCCAAUCUAACGUGCCGACGCCGCCUCGACGAACCCCUGAUACGUCGCAGCAGCAGUAUGGGGCUGGGCAAAUUCAGGGCCACGCCCACAGGGAAGGCGGAUACCAACAGAAGCAGGAUGCCCAGCAGGCGAUGUGCUGUCAGCAUGCCCAUCCAUCGGUCAUGGGGAGAGUAUAUACCUCGGGCAUAGUGACAACAAUGGCAUCUGGCCGAACAGUAGGAAGCAAUACGAUCACUUCCGUGUUGGCUGGCAGAGCCAAUACGGCAACUGUUUCAAUCAACAGCCCUUCGUCGUCUACGCCUACUUCCUUGCCCAAUCAAAAUACCAUGCCGAUCACUGUCAACGUAUCCAAAUCGCCAUUAGAGAUGGUACAAAGCGUCGUUAGCAGUAUACAGGUUCCACAUUCCCAGCAUCAGCAAUCCAGCAGUUCGCAAAUGUCGCCGCAGAUUAUCAAGCAUUCGCCCACCGGUCUUCCUCCAGGGCAUAUCUUGGUAUCAUCAGGAGGGCAGUUGAUAGUUACUGGAAACAAUGGACAACAAAGUGGAGGAGUUAUGGCACCACCGCCUCCUAAGAUUAUCACGAAUCAAAGCGGAAUGCCACCCAUUUCUGUAUCUCCGAUGGUGACAAACGUAACAGCAUCAAUGACGCAAGUCAUUCCAGCAGUUGCACAGCAGGUUCUGGGUCAACAGACAGUAUUAGUAAAUGCACUUCCAGCACCAUUUGUCCUUCAGCCUGGUGUAACUAUGACAAUGGACGGCACAACGGUCGCUAAUAUGCAGAUCCCCCAGUUGGUGGCAGCAGGCAACGUAAUCCAACAGCAGAUCCAAAUCGACAAUGGCAGUGGAGACCCUCGACGAGCAGUCCCAGCCCUUCUGUCGCCAGACACCAAAAAGAAGGGCAAGAAGCGGAAGGUAGCCUCCCAGACGGUCGCCGGGAUGCUGCACAUCGCCGCCCAACAGAACCAGGGGGUAGUGAUGUCCCAACAAGGGUUCCCGCAACAGAUCCAGAUGGCACACAGUCCGCAAGGAAUCGCCACUGGGCCGGUCAUGCAGGCCCUUACCAUUGUGCCCAGCAAAACGGGCGGACCGGCCCAGAUUGUUAUGAACGGACAGGCGAUACCGAAUACCAGUCUAGGUACACAGCAACUAAUAACGAAUUCACAGCCAACCCAACAAAUCAACCUUCUUCAACCUGUGAAUUUGAUAAACAGUGCUACCGGGGUCGUUCAAAACUUCCCUGCAAUCCAGCAAUUUAUUGUACCUAAUCUAGGAGGAAGCAUGGUGAUGAACCCGGAUGGUACAGCGACGAUUCUUCAAGAUACUUCCAAUAUUGGCAUGCAGCUUCAGAUACAGAAUGUCAAUGGGCAGAAUGUUCUGACGCCUGUGCAAAAUAGUAACGUCUUUAGUGGUGGACAAAGCAUUCUCGCCGCUGGUCCGGCGGGAAUGGUCAUACGAGCUCCUGCCUCGGCUACCUCUCAAGGAAAAAUACUGCAGCAGCAACAACACAGUCCAGGAGCAGCAACACAAUUCCUAUCACCUAACAGCGCCGGUCAGUUUGUCGUUAAUGCUGCGGGGGCACAGUUUAAUGGACAGUUGAGUCCGUUGGUUGCUAGCGUCAGUCCUUCGCAACAGGUAACAUUCAGCACAUCUCCUCAGCAGCAGAUCAGGCCCAAUAAUAACCACCAGCAGGACUACAUUCAAAUGAAUGGUCAAAUGGGUCAAACUUUGAUGGUUCCGUGUUCCUUGGCACCUGCAAAUAUCGCCGUAUCAUCUUCAAAUCAGCAAAACACCACGUUUGUGCAACAGAAUACGACCAUAGGUAAGCUGCAACAACAGACAACAAUGGUAGCCAACAACCAGCAGAUCCAGAACUUUCAGCAGCAACAACAACAAGCUAGCGGAAGUCAGUCUAGUCAACAACAGCAUCCGAAAACAGCAGCAACGUUGAGUUUGGAUCAACAUAACUACAUAAUCAGCUCUAACGACGGGAAGCAACAUCAUCAUCAUCAACACCAUCAACAUCCACAUCAGAUGCAGGCUAUCGUUGUCGAACAACGGGAAAGUCCUAAGAACAUCAACUACAGGCAGUCGGUGUCAACUCAAACGGCCGUAAACCAGCAGAACAGCCAAUCGGUGACAACGAACACUUUCUGUCAAACAUCAACCAUAUCAGCGUCAGUGAGCAGUCCACCAGAUACGACUACUCUUAGUCCCAUAGCUGCUGGAGGUCAAAGUCCACCGACUGUUGAUACGACUACCCAUUCUGGUAGUACUGACGAUGGAUUGUCGCCUGCACCUUCAAAUGCUUCUAUUGGAGAUGGAUCGGCUGGAAGACCGCAUUCCUGCACCAUGGCCAUGGUGCACUGCAUAUCAAGCAGUGAACCAGACUCAGCGGAUCUGUCCAGCCAGUGCACCGGUGAGGUAGAAUGGUCACGUCGAAUGAGCGGCCACCACAAUCACCAAUCGGGAGGCGGCAGUGUUGCCAAAUUAGAAUACAUGGACCAUAACCAACUUGAUAGGAAACAGACAACCAUACCGACCCAUGUUGCGUUCGCUGAAUCGUCGACUGUGAUGUCUGGGUUGCAUUAUAUCACUACGCAUGACAAGGAAGCAGUAGGCAGUUCAAGAAGUUAUGAAAAACAACAGCAUAGGCGGAGAAUAGGAGGCGGAGAGUCUAUCGUAGUUGUUGAGGAUCGUCAUCGCCUUCACCAUACCGCGUUGUUCGAUGAUGAUGAUGAAGCAAAGCAAAUACGGCCCCCCACAACAACCAAAUCAAAAUCCUUCAAUAUCGGAGAUCUAGUGUGGGGUCCAGCGAAUGGUCUUGAGGCAUGGCCAGGGAAAAUCGUGAGUCUGGAAGAUGAAACGGUGUUAGUAAAAUGGUUCGGAAUCGAAAAGUCUUGCGAAAUGGGUAAGGCAAAGCGUGACACGUUACGAACGCUGACAGAAGGCUUAGAUGAACACCACCGUCAAAGGAAAAAGAGUAGAACAAGUCGCAAACUGAACGGGCAGUUGGAAAAAGCAAUUCAAGAAGCAAUGUCAGAACUGGACAAGCCAAACUGCGAGUCAUCAGAGGAGCAGGAGAUGAAAACAUCCCCCAGGAAACUAGACAGGCGUUUGAGAAGCAGUCAAAGAUGAUCGAGACAAGAGCAAAUAACAUCAGAUCACCGUAAGGACUAACAUCGAAAAAUUGUUUACCUAUAUACAUAUACUGCAAGUAUUUAUAUCAAAAGGAAAUAUGUAGCUUUACAUUAUUUUAUACUAUGGAAAAUCAACCAAUUUAUGAAGUAAAUACGAGCAUUUACUUUGACAGGUUCCAUAAUAGCAAAGGUAAGCUUAUCUGCAGAACCUAAUAGCUAAUAAGAUAUGUAGGCUGAUUUAAUUGGUAUUGAUUCCUAGGGAGAUAAUAUAUAAUCAUAUAUUCAUGAAUAUUUUUCAACUGAAUUUUUUAAAACUUAGUACUAUGGUGUAAUAAUUAUACAUAUAGAGCAUUUAUAUAUGGAUAUUAUGUGUAUAGAAUGAUAUGACUACCUAAUUUAUACUUGCAAACACUCUGCAUUUACGAGUAUUCUAGAUAAAACAUGUCAUGUCAAAAUGGGCUUUCACUAUGUAUGUCUACAUAGUCACAAUUUACAGGAUAAAAAACACAUAAGCUAUAUAUUCUUGAUGUUAAAUUCUAGGAGUAUAUGCACUCAGGUUUUGUUUAUGCAAUCUUGUAUAUCCGAAAAACCUGAACGGGUUUCGUGUCCAGAAUUGCUUCUUUUUUUUUCUUGAAAAUAUACAAUCACGCAAUUUUGCGUCGAGUUCAAUCUACUGCGUUUUAUGAUUGUUUCCUACUAAGAAUAAAAAAUCGACCAAUAUAUGGACUGUAAAAUCAAAAAAAAAAAAUGAAUGAUAAUUGGAAUUAUACAGUCAUUUCCUUUGUUUCUUAGCGCGAACUUAUUCCCAGUGGUAAUAUCUAGUCAUGCAUGAAAAUAAAAUGGACUUUUAAAUACUGACGACAAUAACACAACUAAGAAAAAUGAAAAAUGUUGAUUUGAAUGACGUUUGUUUUUCGGUGUUACUGUGAUAUUUGUAAAAUCGAUCAUCAUUUUUUAUGUAACGAUAUAUUUAAUAAUUGAUACAUAAUAUGCAUAUGUAUAUCACCGGUAAAGCUAAUCAUUUUGAUAAAUAUAGCAGAAUGAAAUAUACGGACGUAAGUGAGAGGAUAGAGCAAUACAAUGAAAGAAAAGGUGUAAAAAGUAGUUUAGGCUGUAAAAAAUGAUAUAUUACCGAACUAGCGUACAGUGUGACUAUAUCUACAGCAAAAUACGAUUGACUCGGACUAUCAGAUAACUGCUUUAUCAAAAAGGUCGAAAUAUCAAGCUACUAUUACUAGAUAGAAACUGCAGAUACUGCUAACUCGAUAUUUUAAUUUUAUAAAAUAAUACGUACUUUAAUUUAUAAUAAUGUUUUCCCCCCAAUAAUUUAUCCGUACAAGAUAAACGUACUUUAAAAUACCGUAGUUUGAGACUUCUAUCAACAAAACAUUUUACGGGUUAACAUUUUAUCAGCGAGUAAAUAAAUUCUUGGCAGCGGUAUUCAUAGACACGCUGUAUGUAACUUGUAUGAUGGAAGAAGCAAUGGAAAAUUGUUUUUGUCAAAAGAGGAAAAGAGUACCUAUUUUAAGUAUUUAUUAGAAAUUCACAUAUAAUGUGGCUAUGGUAAAUUGAUACCAUAAGUGGUUUAGAUAUUAUGUGGAAAUAGAGAGGUGCCCUUAUAUGAUCUGGUGGUGAAAACACCUUGUAUAUAGCCGUAUAUCAAAAUGGAUAGGUUCUUACCGAAAUUGGUUCAAAUAAUUACAUUUUGAUUUCUUGAAGAAUCCGCAUGAUUCUUGCCAUUUUCAGUUGAGCCUACAUAUACAAGUCAUUAUUGCUUAAAUUUUAGUUCAACUGAUUUUUGUUGUACAGGAUGUUCCGAAAACGAAUAAAAUGACACUGGAAAGAAAGUAAGUUACUUGUUUACUACCAUUUAUCUGUAGUUUAAAUAUCUAAACCUUUUGGUGCACCUUGUAUAACAAAACAAACACGCUGUCCUAGAAUCAAUCAACGAUUUGAUUAUUCUAUGAAAUACGUAAAUCUUUAUCGAGAAGGAAAUAGUACAUUACCUACCUUGGUGGAGAUGUAUGCCAUUAUUAGCUGAGCACUUUUAUGUCAUGAGAAGGCAUAGUGUCGACGGAUAUAUAUGGUAUGAAUAAAAUAUUUUUUCACUACUAACUAUGAUAUACCGUGUAUUCAAAAAGUUUCGGGACUACAUUUAAAAAUAGUAUAAGAUGGAAAAAAAUAUUAAUUUAGUUUUCUACAUACAUCCCCCCUUCCCUCUAUACAUUUCUCAGAACGUUCGUACAGGAUAUGGAACGCCUGCUCAAAGUCGUCCGUAGGAAUUCUCUUCAGGACUGCCGUCACAUUCUGCUGAAUUGAUUCGAUAUCUUCAAAACGUUCACCUGUUAAUGCCGCUUUCAGUUUAGGAAACAUCAUGAAGACCGUGGGGGCGAGAUCAGAUGAGUAGGGAGCGUGUUCGAGCACAGUAGCCUCUUUUUUCGCCAAGAACUGCUUAAUAAUGAGAGAGCAAUAUGAUGGCGCAUUGUCGUGCAGCAAAAACCAUUCACUGGCGUUCCACAUUUCUCUUCGUACUUGACGAAUGCGAUCCAGCAGUCGAUUCAACGCCCAUUUGUAGACGGCAACAAUCAUUGUCUGGCCAGGGGACAGGAAUUCCACAGCUAGUAAUGAUCGCACACGUUCAACGUUUUCUUCCGUAGUGCUGGUUGAUGGUCGACCUGCUCGCGGAUCAUCUUCUAACAGCUCACGUCCACGUUUAAAUCAUGGAAACCACUCAAAUACCUUCGAUCAAUUUAAAACACUCUUCACCAUUAUGUAGUUUCAAUCAUUUGAAACGUUUGCGAUGCAUUUUUUCCGCACUUAAAGCAAAAUUUAAUUGCCGCUCUUUGUUCCAUUUUGAAAAUCGUGACAGCAGAUCUUAACACACUAGCUUCUAUCACUGCUUUGCACGCCUCGCGUUCGCGUCAACGUAGUGAAACUACUACAGUCGGUGGGCAAUACAUCAGUCUACGGGCUUCAGCCGUUGUUCGAUAGAUCGCGCUAUAAGUUUUUGAAAAAAAUAGUCCCGGAACUUUUUCGUUUCGCCCUCAUUUUGAAAUACUCCAAUUUAUCAACUAGUCUGAUUCUUUCAGGCUGUCAAAAUAAUGGGAUAAAUAAAUACUGUCAACAAGAAUAAUUUCGGUUAUAAAAUAAACUAUUUGUUGAUUGUAAUAAACAAUAAUUAUUAGUAAUAUUCAUAGCAGGGACAAUUAUGUGCCCAACAAGCCAAUAAUUCAGCAUGACAGUUCCGAAUAAUAGCAUCGAUGCGCGAUCCACAGUGGUUCGAUUCCGGUGCGAUAGAUGGCGCUUCACGCUAUCUCAUGCUGAUAAAUCGUACCUCCAGUAUAGAGGAUCAUUGUGAUGCUUUCGUUUGUUGGUCCAGAGAUAAGAGACCAAGCCCAUACCAUGGUGAUGAGUAGCAAAGAAGCACGAAACAGCUGUCCAUGGUUGGCUGUCGUCUUUUCUUGGUCGGACGGAUGAAAGCAUAUUGUUCAACCAAGCUAAUAAUUAUUGCACACAUACAUAUUUGAAUUUACCUAGGGAUUGCUUCGUUAUCAUUUUUUACCUAGGGGGAGAAAUGUAACCUCCCUUAGAGGAGUGCGGUAAAUAAAGACGAUUUCUCUGGUUAGUAGUGAAAAAAGACAGUUUUCAGCAUUAUUCUAAACAAGUAUCAAACUUGACGGUCCGUUUUGUGUCCAGGGGUUUGAUAUUUUAACUGUAAAUCUUCUCGGUAGUGUUAGUGUAUUUCUUAGAAAAUCCGUUAGACCUAGUUUACACCGAGUGACGAUAGGAAAGAGCAUUGUAGACAAAUUCCUCUAGGUAGCACACAUUGAUGAAAACAUUCUGUCAGCAUCCGUGGUAUUCUAUCUUACUACAGAAUUUAUGACCCGGUAGCAGAGCAAUGCUUUGACAAACCGUUUCCCAAGCAGUGAGAUAUUUUCCGCAGCGGUUGACCAAAUUUGUCUUACCAAUUCCGUUUAGUCAUAGGAAAGCGGGGAGUGUUUUCCAAGCAACGUUCUUCGUAGCCGAAUCAUGAAUUGGACUGGACUAUCUCGUUCUCAAUUUGGGAUGUUGGUGGCCUACAAGUAUUUUUUAAAAAUUCUGAAGGGGAGCAGAAUACGGGCGUCGAUAUUUUUUUAUGCUGGGGAGGGGGGGAGACACACAAGUCGUUAAUGCCUUUGUCUAAAGUCUACAGCAGAAAGCAGAAAAAAAUAUUCCUUUAAAACUCAUUAUUUUAUUGCUUUGGUUACGUAAAGAGAUAAUAAAACAUAUUAAAACUUCUCAAAAAUAAAUAAUAAAACUUCUAGCAAAUAUUUUACUAUAACCUUUACCUUUAAACUUAUACAAAACAAAACAAAACCAAAAUGUAACAAACAAAAAACUUAUUAACCAAAACUAAUAUAUUGUAAAGACUAAAGACAUAUUAUUACAUGUAAAAAUUAAAUAAUAAAAUCUAAAUGGCUAUUUUUCAUUUUAAUGAAACGAUCUAAAACAUGUUCAUUAUUAAUGUUUAUAUCCCUAUGUAUGUGCAGUAAUGCCAGCCCAACUAACCUUUCUUGACCCAUUAAUGCCCGAAGCCAAGACUUCAGUCUUUUGAGGGUUGAAAAAGUCCGUUCGGCUGUUGCCACUGAUACUGGCAUCACACAUAAUAAAUAAAGCGCGUUAUAAAUGUUUGGAAAAAUAUUUUUGUCACAUGCAUCUAAAGCCAAAAAUGCUGAGUCGGGUAAAUUUACUAUAGGUUCCCAUUUUAUUACCCAUAAAUCAAGCUCUGAACUUAGAAGUAGAAACAAAUGUAACUUAAAAGAUUCGAGGGAAUUUUUAUUUUCUUUUCCUAAAUUAGAUGAAAAAGUAGCAGGAAUUAAAUAAUUUAAUUCAAGUAUAUCAAACACCCUUUGAUUGAAUCGAAAUUUAAUAUCACUUAAUACGUUAUCUAAUAAAGGUAUAAAAAUACUUCUUUUAAAAUAUUCUUGAGCGUCGCAGCAAGGAACAUUAAAACGAUUAGUUUGUCUAGAAUUUACUCUGGGAAUUACUACGUUUAAACCUGAUUUUUCAUGUAUUACUUCUAUUUCUUUGUAAAUAUUUAAAAAGCACAUAUCUGCAUUUUCUCUUUUUUCAUACAAGACCGCGAUUACAUCAUUAACUAAAGCUUGCUCCCGAUUUAUAUCAAUUAUUUUGCUUUGAUAAAUGAAAGAGAAGACAAAAAUAGUACGGGUAGGUACGGGUGAUUCCCCGAAUUCCAACAAAUCGACGAAAGCGCUCCACAUCGCACUGCGUUUGCUUCAUGUGCGAUCUGUUUUGACGAAAGAGCGUUGUUGCCGGAGUCAGGUAAAAUAAAUAAGGAAAAUGUCGGCAGACAUUUUUUGGGUAAUGAUAUUUGAAAUUAAAGUUUUAGUCUCGGUUUUAGUCAAGCUAUUGCAAUAUUUUUUUUUUACACUUGUGGGUCUGAACAAUUUUUUUAAGCUUUUUAAAGCUUGGGGGGUAAUUACCCCCAGCACCCCCCCCUUAUCGACGCCCUUGGAGCUGAAUUAUUUUUCCACCAAGUCAUAUGAUCGAUUAUGAGAUUGUUGAAUUGUUCAGAGUUACGGCUGAAAAAAUCAAUUAUUGGUUGUCCCUGAUUGAGCACAAAAUAGAAGUUCAUGCGUCCACCCGAGUGUCAAAUCCCAUAACGAUAGCAUCAAAACUGUUUGUAACUUUCCACAGGUUUUCCGUUUCUAGCACCUACUUAAUCAAUUGCACAUUCUGAGAGGCCUUCAAAGUCAAAUGUUUCGUGGAGUGGAGCGGCCUAGUCUGCUCUCUAAGCAUGCGUAACGAUCCCGCCGGCGUACAACCCGUUCCCGCUAGUCGAUCUAUCCAAGACAUUCAUUAUACCAAAACAAUAACUGAUAUACCGAAUACUUGAUAUGCAUGCAUAGAUGUGUUUCAAGAAACGAGGAGCAUAAUUAUUAUUGGACAGAAUCGGUCGAGCACAUAUACAGGACCAAUGCCAAACGAGGAAAGUGGAGUGGGAGUCGACACGGCGAUGCAUGCAGCCUUGCCGGCUGUUGUCUUAGCUCGGCGUUAUGAUCUUAUGAAGUAUGCGUAAAUAUGUUUGUGCUUAGUUUAUUUCUUCGGUAGAUGGACUAUAGCAAAAGACUCACGUGUUUUUCCUGUCAUCCAGUGGUAGCGUCUCUCGUCGGCGGAAUUCAGUCAACUGCUGCGGAAUAUACCCCGCUGCUUGGAAAACUAGCCUUAAGCUUGCGGAAUGCCGACAAAUUCUCCCGGUAUAGUGGAAAUUUUUACAUCGGCGUGCCCUGUCGCGGAAGAAAAUCCUUUUCGAUGCUCUUCUCUGCCGUCUCCCAAUGUGCGUCAAACCUUAUUUGUGAACAGGUUAUGCUGGUCAGACAUUUCCUUUUCAACUGAUAAAUGUCAGAUUCCUGUAAGUAGAAUGCGACCAUAAUCAAAUUUAAUAUAAUUGAAAUAAUACUUUGUAUAAGAAGUAUAAGUGGAGUUUGUAUAAUAUAUUUUUAUAUAAUUCUGUAUUUAUUGUUUAUAGAUUUGUUUUUGUUUUAUGUACAUGUAAGUAGUUUCGCUUAUUUAUUAUACAGAUGUACUGGACUUUCGUGAAGGAUGUUUUUUAAGCGCUACCAAACUUUCUUUGUAAUACCUAUACAUCAUCAUUCUCACGUAAAUUACCUGUCAGAAUUGAUUAAAAUUGAAUUAAUCAGUAGCUUUUUCACGUACUGCAAAACCGAUAGUUAAUUCAAAGUAAUAUAAUAUUGAUUAGAUUUUUUACGAAUCACUUUAAACAAAAAAAUAUAAAUUAUGAAUAGUGGCUUUAUUUUCUUUUCAAAAAUUUUCACGAAUUUUUGGUCUAUCUAACAAUGACAUUGUACAAUUUUAUUUUACGAUUAGAUGAGCUAAUGCUUGUCCUAAACAAACCAUAUCUGCAAUAGCAUCACAAUAAUAGUAGGAAAUAAAAAAAGUAGAUAUAACAGUAGGAGCCAAACCGUCCACACGAUGUCAUAGAGAAAUAUAUUUUUGUUUAUUAAUGGCAAAUAGAGUAUGUUUUGCAUAUUUUAUAUCUCCUCGAUAUGGUAUAAUAUUGUUAUCAUAGCAGUAUGAUCAAUUUUGGUGUAAGGAUGCCAUGGCGACGUCGCCAGCAACCAUAGCUAAACUAACCUGUUGAAAUAUAUGGCAGCUCCAUGACGUAGAGUCGCCAAAACGAUCACUACUAAUCGCUAAAAAAUCUGCUACAUAUUUCAAUAGGUUAGUGUGGUUGCGGUUGCUGACCAUGCCGCCACAGCGUCCCGCUUAGGGACGCAUGACACUUUAUGAAAUUUGAUGUGGAAUCGUUUGUACGGCAACUCGCAACCUGGCAAAGGUAAUCAUUGUUAUAUAAAAUGACAACAGCGAUUGGCAUAUCUGCACUAAGAUUUUAUAUCGUGUCUAAAUGUUUUCACAAACGCUCAUAUGUUAAAACAUACUCUAAACAAUUGGAUUUGUUAAGUUUUCGUUCUUCCCUUGACAAAUGUGGACAAAGCAUUUACAUACCCCCUUACCCUCUGUUAUUCUUUAAAUUAUUGCCGCUUUAUAUUUUCAUUGAAAGUGUAUAUAUUUUUAUAGGUACCUGUUUCUGUGUCACAAAUACGAAGUAUAUAACCAAGUGUAAUUUUUAUGUGUGCGACAGAACGGAAAUUGUAGGCUUUGACAGUGCAGUUACAAACUCGUUUUUGUUUAUAUUAAACGCCAUGCCUGCCAAAAAUCGUAGCUUUAUGAUUUUUGCAGUGAAAAGUGCUGCUUAAUGUAGAGUAGACACAAAAAUAUUAGUUAACUUGAAGGUCUCACGAGGCUAUUACAAGACGUCCUCAAAAUAUAUACAUGUCUCAAACUCAAAAUUUUGAAUAUAACAUACUUGUAUAGCAAAAGUGAGUUUGGAUUUGCAUUUGAAGCUGCCAGGUUGUCGUACUAUGAAUAAUAAUCCAGUGUUGCGGCUGUAUGUCACGUGUCGUGCGUAACACGUGCAACAGUCCGAUUUAUCUAAUUCUGUACAUAUUGGAAGUAACAUACUGUAUUCAUAUACACAUUUUACUGUUUGGCCUGCUAUGUUGUGGUUAAACGAAUCUCAGAUAAAUACUGGAUUAGAAAUA